UUAUGUAAUAUUUUCUUACUACAGAAGCUCGCUCCAUCAAAGCACACUUUUCAUCUUGUUUACAGUCCCUUAGCUUUCCUGCUGUUUUUCAUAAAUGCUCUUUGCAGUUUUCAUCUCCAGUGUUGAACUAAAUGCAAUGGAUGGCAUUGGCAGUCAGUCAAUAUGUAUGGAUCAGGAGGGAUCUUUGCCAUUUUUAUGAGGCAAUUUAGCUCUAUGCCUUCUAAGUGCUAGCUUAAAAGCAGAAUCAUGUAUGGCACAUCAGUAAUUACUGCCUCAUUAUUCUGGUUAUAUUUGUCUCGAGGAAAAGAGUUUUGCCUGGAAAAGUAUUUUUGGAGCUUUUCCCUGUUAAAGUGAAAAAGCUUUUUACAGCUAGGUUUUAGACAUUAUUCAUGAUAAUUUUGAAAUGGGGGACAUGGGCAUUAUUGUUUGAAGCUAGAAUCCAUACAUCCUUCUGGCUUGAAAUUCUUUCAGGCAACACAGUUGUUGUAGACACAUUUACAAAAUUUGUGCCAGUAGAGGUUGUUGCUCAUGGUGAGUGUGGCCCGUUUGAAGACAUCAAUUUCCCAAAAGGCAGUAUGUUCAAACUAAGUGAGAAGUAACUUGCCAAGAAACCUAAUGAAAAUACAGAAGUACAAGUUGAGUUGGACACAGCAAAGUGGCUCAGAGACAAGAAACUCACGCCAAAAUCGACGACUGUACAGUGCAAGCCCCACAUCUGUACAGUCGUCGAUAUGUUCUUGCAAAUACCAUGGAAACUGGACACUAGUGAACAAUAGUGAACUUUGUGGAAAUGAAUGGCUUCUACCAAAAGUUACCAUAGAGAUGCUUGAAGGAUCUAAAAAAUUCAUAGAGAGGUAUCCUCUUUUGAGACUUGCCCUACUUGUCUUCCUUUGCUGACUGCUUAGUCUUCAAUUUAAUGGCAGUACAGGCUGAGCAUUCCUUAUCUGAAAUGCUUGGGACGUUUUCCAUAUUUCAGGGGUGUUUCCCUGAGAUUUUGGAAUACCUGCGUAUACACAAAAUUCAUUAAUGUUUCCUAUACCACCUAUAAACAUAGCUUGUAAGUAAUUUUAUGCACAAUUUAAAAAAUAAUUUUAUGUAUGAAACCAAGUUUAUGUGCACUGAACUAUCAGAAAGCAAAAGUGCUACUAUCUUAGAGACCCAUGUCAUUGCCUAAUGUGGCUGAUAUCUUAUUGUUAUUUGAGUAAUGAAUUCCUCUGGCUAAGUCUGAAUUUUAGAGGAGCUGUCUUAUUAAUGGUGGUAUAGAUUUGCCAUCUUUAAAACUCAGAUUAAAACCAGAUUCACCAUCUCAGGGACAUGAAAGUCACCAGCCACCGUUACGAAUUAGAGUUGAGGAUGCCUUUCAUGCUUUACUUUUUUCCUUCCUCUUUUCUCUUUUGAAACCUGGAUCUACUUUUUUUUCCUCCCCAUCUCUCCAAAAGGCAGUUAAGAAAAUAUUACAUAUGUUUCUGUUUCCACCUUAGAUUAUUGUUUUGGAGGGUUUGAGGAAGGUUGAGUGUUAUGGUCUUGCAAAACACGCCACUUAUGAAUCCUGCUGAAUAGUUCUGCAAUGAAAAGCACACAGCCUCGAUUUCCUUGCUUUUGCCGUUGUAAGGAAAUGUGCAAAUAUGAGAUGAAAUGAGCUCUUCAGUUUUGAAUAUUCUCUUUCAGCGUUCUUUUUGCACUUUGUAUAGCUGAGAUGUUUUUGUGAGAGCAAACUAGUACUUUGAGAUGGGGCUUUAAUGAGCUGUAACUCCCUGUGUGGGAAAUGAAGCUCUCCCUUCGCUUCUUUCUCCCUCUCCCCCUUCACUCAUUUUUGCUUCAGAAGCAUAUGAGGUUAAUUUGAUGCCGUUGACAUUCCUCAGUGACUAUGGAAUCUGGCUGCUGCACUGACUGGAAUAAAAGAAUGUCACAUCAUUUUUUAAAUGGAUGAAAUAACAGUGAUGAUGCUGGUGGAAAGUGACUCAGAGCCACACUAAGGAAAUCAGUCUGUCAUUUUGUACAACUUCAUUGAACCAGUUGGGACCUUUCGGAUCUGCUGUCAUUUUUGUAAAAGCAGUUGUUAGGAGUGAUCCAGCUGUCAAGUUUCAGAGACUGCUUGCCUCUAAGUACCUUUUAACUUGGAAACUACGAGACAUCCUUUUACUACAUCAUUGUGAAAGAACGGUGCUCCAUGCAGUCAUGCCAGCCACAUGACCUUGGAGGUGUCUACGGAUGAGCACCAACCGCCAGAGUCAGACAUGACUGGACUUAACAUCAGGGGAAACCUUUACCUUUUACCUUGUGAAAGAACUAUUGCUUUUAUGUCUGUUGAGGUUUCGGAGAUAUUGGGCUGAUUAAUGUUAGCAGAAAGACUUCAGUCAACUUUGUCUCCAUUCAUGCCAUACCAAUUAGGAUGAACAGGGUCAGGGUUUUCAGAGUUUCGUAGAAACUCCCAGAAGAAGAGAGGAAUGCAUCUUUUUUAAAGGUUGUAAUAUUUUUCUCUUUGGCCAGAUGUUUCUGUUUGGAUUUAACUUCUCUAUGAGUAUUUAGUGUUAAACCACUGAGCUGCUGAACUUGCAGAGGUUGGCAGUUCGAAUCCAGGGUGUGGGGUGAGCUCCUGCUAUUAGCCAGAUAUAUUAUUUACUGAACUGAUUCAUUUUCAAUUGUAUAUAUAGGAGGUCAUUUGUGUUUGAGUUGACUCAGGAACCCAUUUAGAGUGUUCUUUCCAAAGCUUUGCUUUGUCAUGGCUGAGUGGCAACAAGGAUUAAGUUUUGAUGAUAAAUUUAAGGAAUCCUUAAUCAAAGACAGAUCAUUGUUUGAAUCUGGGGAAUCUACUUCUGGUAACCCCAACACGGCAACAGGCAUAAGGGAGUAUGAAAAACUGAAACGCAGAGAGAUUAGAUUAGAUUUACAUGCUUCAACAUUGGCAGAAUAUAUCAGAGCUAACAGAAUUCCUAGGGGAUUACGGAUUUUUAAACCCCCAGGAAUGUUUCAUGAUGAUGAAUCCUUUAAUCAAAAAUGGGUGGCAAUUCUCAAUAAGUGCUCGCAGGAUUUGAUGCUCUUACUUAUUGCACGCUCCAAUGAUGAAAUAGCCAAUGUAAGAACCCAAACUCAGGUUAUAUUGGAGAGACUCAACUCUGAGGACCAGUUUAAAACUGAUUUGGACACCCUCACAUGUAAACUUAAAGAAUUUUCCCAACAACUUAGAUCUUUCAAACUUAAAAAGUUUGAGCGGGAUGAAAAUGAUUACAACAAUAACAGAGUUUACCAGUGGCUAUACUCUAAACGCCAAUAUUCUAAAAAACAAGUAAGGUUUAGUGAAUAUACUUCUGAAGAAGACACAGAAUCCAUGUCAGACAGUUCAGGACGUAGCAUGGCCUCUACUAGGAGUGAUAACAUUCGGGUACCCAGACGUACGGGGCGUACUAGGAAUAGACCCAAUCGUUUUUUUCAAGAGGCUCCAAAUGCCAAACGGAAGACCUAGUCGUGAAUUUAUCUAGAAGAGUUCUAACCCCUCAAGAGAGGGAGGUUGUCAACAAAGGUCUAUCAUUUGUCCCUAAACCUAAGUAUAAUCCAUUUAGGAUGCGAAUAGAAUUAGCUAGGUUAUUUCGCACCAUUAGAUUAAGACAUCAUUUUGGAACCAAAAUAAACCCUAUUACCUCCACUUUCAAACCACGGAGUAAUUUUUUUCCUACGACUGACCAUAUUGGCCUCAGAGUUUUUGAGAAGACAGUAUCUGAAGAAUUAUGUUGUACAAUUACAAAGCAAAAAAGAUCAUACAGUACAAAUUUUUCCAGUAAGGAAUGGCACAUCCUACACAAUUUAGCUAAUGACAAAGAUCUGGUUUGGAAGCCAGCUGAUAAAGGUGGAGCCAUAGUAUUAAUGAACCGCACUGAUUAUAUGGAUGAGAUCCAUAGACAAUUAUCUGUAAGAGAACAUUAUCUCAAUAUAGAACGGGACCCUACACACCAUAUCCAGUCAAUUAUAAGAACGGUGACAUUGGAAGGGCUGGCACUUGGAUAUAUAUCAGAGGAUGUAUAUAAAUUUCUACAUACACCAUGGCCCAGAAUCCCUGUACUAUAUACUCUACCCAAAAUACAUAAAAACAUCAGACCGGUACCUGGCCGUCCUAUUGUAUCCGGAUCGGGCUCAGUCUUAGAACCACUAGCUAAAUUUGUGGACCACUAUUUACAACCUUUUGUGAAACAGACUUCUUCCUAUGUUAGAGAUACAAAACAUUUUAUUAACAUUAUUGAAUCCUUGGUGAUCCCAACAGAUGCAGUCCUGAUGUCUGUAGAUGUAAUAUCACUGUAUACCAAUAUUCCGUUAGAGGAGGCACGACAUAUAUGUGAAUCAACCUUGAACAGGAGGCCUAAUCACCACCCUCCCACCUUUUUUUUGUUGGAUCUUCUUGAUAUUAUUCUUGAAAAAAAUUACUUCAAGUUUGAUGAAAAAUACUAUUUCCAAAUACAAGGUGUAGCCAUGGGCAGUCCUGUCGCGCCAGCGAUAGCCAAUUUAUUCAUGGAUAAUUUGGAGAAUGAAACUAUCUUGAAUCACACAAAGAACCCUGUAGCGGACGGCAUUAUCAAAUAUUGUAGAUUUAUUGAUGAUAUCUUUAUCAUUGUUAAUUCACAUCAGGAGGCAGUAACGUUAUUAUCCUGGAUCAAUACAAUUCACCUCAAAAUUAAAUUUACAGGAAACAUCAGUUCUACAUCCUUGAUUUUUCUAGAUGUCGUGGUUACAAAGGAAAAUGAUCGAUUGAAAGUGAGUAACCACCGAAAAACCACUGAUAGAAACUCCUUGUUACAUUACAACAGUUACCAUCAUUGGGCAUUAAAAAAUAAUUUACCCUUUACACAGAUGCUCAGGAUUAAACGCAACUCCUCUACCCUACAGGACUUCAAUCAGGAAAUGGAAGAGACGAAAAGCAGGUUCAGAAAUCGAGGUUACCCAGAGUCCAUAAUACAAUCAGCCUACUCGAAGGUUGCCAGUAUUCCUAGAUCUAAACUCCUAGAGGACAAAAUUAGACCAGGAGUAGACAGAUUGAUAUGGCCACUCACACUUACAAGUUUGUCCAAUCUAGCCAUCAAAACUGUUAAAAAGUACUGGAACUUAAUAAGAGACAUCCCUGGAUGUGAUAGACCCCCUCUGGUAGCAUAUAAAAGAACAAGGAAUAUUGGGGAUAUAUUGGUACAUUCAAACAUAACCAAUAGGCCCCGGACUGUAAAAUCUAAUCUGGUGGGCAACUAUCGCUGCCAUCAUUGUUCAGUAUGCAGCCAAUUGAUAGAGACCAAAAUCUUGACACACCAACAUCUAUCAUUCGAAUUUAAAUUUCCCCAUUUUGCCACCUGUACAACCAAAGGGGUUAUUUACAUGAUAAUUUGUGAUUGUAAUUUAUCAUAUGUGGGGCAGACUCGUCGAGAAGUUAAGAGCAGAAUUAUAGAGCACAGGAGCAAAAUACGAAAUCAUGUCAGAGAAUCCAUACUGUACAAACAUUUCUGUGAUCUACAGCAUAGUCCUGAAUCAUUCAAAUACCACAUACUAGAAGUAGUAUCACAAUCCAAACAUAUGGACUUCAAUAAUAAACUUUUGCAAAGGGAAACAUAUUGGAUUUUCAGAUUACGGACAGAACAUCCACAGGGCUUAAAUGAACAAAAUUCAUACAGUUGUUAUAUAUAGAACCUUAGCAUACUAUAAAUCCCUAAUUGAAUACACCCAAUACAAUAAGGGUACUCAUAGCACCAUCUGGUGGUAUUUCUUCUAUAUCUUCAUAUAAACCUUUCUGUUUCUUUAACAUCUUCCCCUUUAAAUUGAGGCAACCCCUUGAUGCUUUUCAUACUCGCAAUUAGAACCUAACACACAGCAGAGUAUCCCGUGAGUAUAUACUGUUUUAGAAAUAUACAAUUUGUUUAAAAACAAAUUUUUGGAUGUUUGUAACUCUUUAAUGCUUAUGGCCACUCCUUGUUCCUUUGACCUAGAUUCCACUGUAAAAAACAGGUAUCUCUAAGGAGAACGAGUGUUAAAUUUGGAACUAUACCACCAGAGGAAGGCCUGAUGCAGGGCCGAAACCGGUCGUGGCGAACUUACUCUUCUCGGCAAUAGAAUAUACAACGCCGAUUGCACUUCAAUGUAUAUUGGACUAUCCAUUUGAGGCUGCUUGUUAUUACUGUGAAUUUAACGCCGACUGCAUUUCUAUGUAUAUGGGACAAUCCAUUUGAUGGUGUUCGAUAUUACUGUGAAUUUAAACAGUAUAUUAAUUUGCCAGAUA